UCACUCACUCAUGAAUCAAAAAGUCCAAACACAUCACACAAUAUGGUAACAAUGAUGAGACAUAUUCUCUUUAUUCUUCUCUUAUCAUCCCUUCUCCCACCAAUCCUCACCGUUGAUCCCCCACUCCCUUCAUCUGACGGCUCCGAUUUCAUCCGUAAGAGCUGCAACACCACACUAUAUCCAGACCUCUGCUUCUCAACUCUCUCCUCUUUUGCCAACUCCAUCCAAAACGACUCGAACCGCCUCGCACGCGUAGCCAUCUCCUUCACUCUCCACAACACUCUCGACCUUCUCUCUUACCUCCAAAACGCUUACAACCGCGACCACCACCCAACCCCCGUCCUCAAAGACUGCUUCGAGAAUCUGAAAGACGCCGUCGAUGAUAUGAGAGGUUCGAUGAAACAGAUGAAGGAGCUUGUCUCCGCGUCGUCUGGCUCAGUCCAAUCAUUUAGGUUCCAGAUGAGCAAUGUCAAAACUUGGCUUAGCGCAGCUCUCACUGACGAAUAUACUUGUACGGAUGGGUUCAAAGACGUCCACGAAGACGACUCCAUCAGAGAUGACGUAUGCACACGAGUCGAUGCCGUCAAAAAGCUAACUAGCAAUGCCCUCGCUUUAGUUAACCGCUACGCCGACGAGGCAAUAAUACAUUAAUCAAUAUAUCAGUCAUCGAUCGAGUCUUUCUUUUUCUUGAUAAUAUGAACAUCAUACUUGAAAAGUUUUUAAAAACGUAAUUAUAUAAAAAAAUGUAAUAAUAAUAAAUGUGAGUUUUUCCUUUGUUGUUAAUAUAUUUUUGAGUCGAAAUAUUUCUUUACUUGGAAUCUACUCAUUUAGUUCAGUCUUUCCAAAUAAUAUAAAACGACGACAAUGUAAAAAGAAUCAGCAAAAUCUUGUCGUUUUUUCUUCAA